GGAGAAGACCAGGGCGGAGGUGAAGUGGAAGGAAAGUGAACUGACAGAAAACACCCGAGAAGUUGCCUUUCCGAGGGUCCCCGGGGAGAAAUCGGCGCGCAGAGAGGAGAAAAGUAGCUUAGGGACACCGAACCUGUGGGCCUGAAAAUACUGUUUUUAGAGCAUCUCCAGCCCCAUCAGAAAUGUCUUCCUUAAGUGGGAAAGUCCAAACUGUUUUGGGCCUUAUAGAGCCAAGCAAACUGGGCCGCACCUUGACCCACGAACAUCUGACAAUGACCUUUGACUACUUCUACUACCCGCCUCCUCCAUGCCAUGAAGCUAUCUCAAAGGAACCUAUCAUGAUGAAGAAUUUAUUUUGGAUUCAGAAAAACCCUUAUUCCCAUAAAGAGAAUCUUUAUUUAAAUCAGGAGACAGAAGCCAUAAAGGAAGAACUGUUGUAUUUUAAAGCUAAGGGUGGAGGGGCUUUAGUGGAGAACACAACUUCUGGGAUUAGCCGAGAUGUGAAGACCUUGAAAUGGCUUGCUGAAGAGACUGGAGUCCAUAUCAUAGCUGGAGCUGGAUUUUAUGUGGAUGCAACUCACUCGUCAGAGACCAGAGCCAUGUCAGUGGAGCAGCUUACAGAUGUCCUUAUUAAUGAAAUUCUCCAUGGAGCCGACGGAACUACUAUCAAGUGUGGUGUUAUUGGAGAAGUUGGCUGCUCCUGGCCUUUGACUGAGAGUGAAAAAAAGGUUCUUCAGGCAACAGCUCAUGCCCAGGCUCAGCUUGGCUGUCCUGUUAUCAUCCAUCCUGGACGGGAUCCAAGGGCACCAUUUCAGAUCAUCCAAGUAUUACAAGAAGCAGGUGCAGACAUCUCCAAAACAGUCAUGUCACACCUUGAUAGGUCUCUACUUAAUAAGAAGGAGCUACUGGAGUUUGCUCAACUUGGCUGUUACUUGGAAUAUGAUCUCUUUGGUAAUGAACUCCUACAUUACCAUCUCAAUCCAGAUAUUGACAUGCCCGAUGAUAACAAAAGAAUUAGAAGGGUUCGUCUCCUGGUGGAGGAGGGUUAUGAAGAUCGAAUUCUGAUGGCACACGACAUACAUACGAAGCAUCGGCUGAUGAAAUACGGAGGUCACGGCUAUUCUCACAUACUCACUAACGUUGUUCCUAAAAUGUUACUUAGAGGUAUAGCUGAGAAUGUGAUUGAUAAGAUACUCAUAGAGAACCCUAAGCAAUGGCUAACUUUCAAAUAAGAUGGGUGUUUGUAAGAAGUCACACCUUGAACAGUCUGUGACUUCAGACCUACUGCAAGAUAUUCAUCAGAGUGACAUGGGACUAAUGACUGAUUAAUCCUCCCUAUGACAAUGAAGAGAGUUCGCCUUCUCUGCAACUGGCUAUUACAUCUGCACCUCUGGGGAGUUACUGAACUUAGUAAGCCCCAUUGUGUUGCUGUAACAAAAUAAAUGCAGAAAUGACCUGUUUCCAAACAAUGAUAUAAAGUCUGUAUCCUGUAAGUGGAAUUUUAGCUUUUGUUUUUCUGUUAUCUCCUCAUCUAUCAGCGGUACUACUUGAGAAAAUCUAAAGUGUUUCUAGUUAAAUUACCCCCUUCUGGAGCAAUUUAAUGUUUCUUGUAAUAUUGAUGAUCCUACUAAUUAUCAUGCUGUUCUUUAAUUAAUGCUUAAUGAAUAAUAUGGCACUUUAAAAUAGCUUCUGCAGCAAGGGAAGUUAAAUUUUGAGACUUUUUUUCCCAAAGGAUACUGUAGUAGAAUUGCUAACUCACAAUAGAAAUAUUUUGGAAGGUUAAUUAUGUUCUGUCUACCUAUUUAUAUACACUUACAAAAAAUUAUUUUUUAUGCCUUUGGCAUUCUGUAUCUAUUUUUUGCUGUAAAUUGUGUCGUGUUUUGCAAAGUUUCUAUAAGAACAUAUAGCAGUACUGAAUUAUAAAAAUUCAAUCAUAAAAGUCAAAAUAUAUUACAUAAUAGUUUAAUGAAUCAUUACAUUUAUAAUAACAACGGCCAUGAUUUAAUUAAGAUAGAAUGCAAAAAAAGAGAAAUGUUUGCCUUAUGUACAUAUAUAUAUAUUCCCUUUAUUUCCUUUACCUUUUGUUUUUCCUUAAGCCUAAACAAAGAAAACAAUACUUACUUAUCUGAAGAAAAGGUCAAAUCUAUUGGAAAUGACAGUCUGAUUCUAGAGCCUACUCUUUAAAAGGUACCCAGCCCUGAUGUUUUGUAUAAACAAAGUUUUUUUUUAAACAAUGAGUUGAAACUUAGUUCAUGUACACUUAUAUUUAUAAACUAAUUUCUUGAUCGAAUCCUCACUGUGCAAUUUGAUACAUUUUUUAAAAAUCUUUAAAACCCUUGUUGCCAAUUCCUCUUCGAUUUUAGAGAUAUAUAUCUAUUAUGAUUCAUUUAUGAAUUAUCUUACACAUUAGACUGUCCAAAAAAAAGUUAGUCACUAUUCUUGAUGAAUGGACUAAGUGUUUUUUAAUCAUAUAAAUCAUGACAGUUACUCAGACCAAGGCAUUUAAGCAGAGCAACCACCACCUUCAGAUGGGAACCACUAUCUAUAACUCUUGGAAAGUUAAGUUUGCUAAAUAAAAGAUACUUCUGCUGAUCAAAGAUGAUCAAGCUUUCUGUGUAUUAGAACAGAAAGUACCAAAGAGGAAUGAGCCAGAACAAACCAAUUCCUUUAAAUGAAAAAUGCAAAUGUCUUUCACCACUAAAACAAACAGAUUUUUAAAUCUGUUUUUGAAGUCUACUUGUCACAGUCUUCAAAGACAACUGAAAGGAGAACAGAUUUUUUUUUUUUCAUUGUAAUAGUGGAAGUUGUGUAAUAGUUAGGAUGUAGCAACAUGCAUUUUUAAUCUUUUCCUUAGAUUAAAUAGAUGGCUUUGGCGGUGUAUUUUAACCAGAGAGAAAGGAUUUGUUCUACUCUCAAAAUCUACUUCACUGUCAGCUUCUAUCCACCUGAGAAGAAAAAAAUGGAUCAUUCAAAUGCAUGUAAUUCAUAAAGGUUGUGAAGGAGAGCCACUUUGCUUCUGCAGUCCUAAUCUGAGCAGUCUGUUACAGAACGCAGUGAAAGUAUUGAUUGGCGAGUGGUAAUAAAGCAGCCAUAGGCUUAACUUACAGAUGGGAAGUAUAGAAUAUUUUAACCUAAUAAAAUUUAAUUUUCUGGA